GGAACCGCACGGAACGUGAGCUGUGGUGUCUGGCAGGAAGCAUCGAUUCAGCGGCGGCCGAUACCGGAACGGGCGGCGGUCUUCGUGGGGUUUCCGCGAGCUGGUCUGCUCGCAGCGUAGCCGCACACACACAGACGCAAGGUGAGCGAGCCAGCGUGCCCGCGCAGCCGCGCCGGGUCGAUGACGCACCAGUAGAUGCGUGGCCUUGCCGCCGUCACCACCACAGGCACCAGCUGGGCGGACGCCCACAGUCGCCUCUAGCGUGCUGGCGGCUGCAGUCGGCCGCCUUCUCCAGAGGACCGGUGGCCAUGGCGUCGAGCGCUCCCGUGUCCGUGCUGCUACUGCUGCUGGCCACUUCGGCUGCCUCGCCGGUGCUACACGGCUAUGACGAAGUCGACGGGCACUCCACUACCACCCUCCACGAUCCGAGUGACUCCACCUCGCGCCAGGAGACUGUCGGCUUUGGACGCAGCGACUCUGUAUCCGUAACACACAGUCAGCCUACUUCACGAGGAAGCCCAGAUGGAGAAUACGCUCCUCCUCGAGAACUGAACGCUGUCAGUGGGUGGAGUGACGAAGCUACGGACGACAGCCUACGGAACUUCAUUGUCAGUCCAUCAGAUACGUAUGAGCAUGACGAACAGCAGCCACCAAUUGCUGUUGGCAAGAACGGAUCACCUGUUGACGAAUUCACUGAUGAUCCAAAUUUCGAAGACGCCCAUUUUGGUGAGAGGGUCACAAACUGGGAAGAAGGCACUGGUAUUUAUCUGGACGGGGGAAAUUACAACAAGAGUGUGCAGGCAUCUGGUGGGGAAAGCUUCGAAGGAGGGAUGGGCGAGCAGACAGCUGCACCGGGGAGGAAUGCUAGCAAACUCGGCCCGGAGGUGGGCAGCGAGGAGUUCGAGCAGUCGCUGGGUGCCGCGCUGAACGAGACGCUGCGCAAGAUGGAGGAGGUGCUCGCCGGGUCUGCUCCCCAGCAGGAUGGCCAGGAGCGCCGUGGCUGGCUGUCGGCGCUGUCGCGGCUGCGCGUCAAGCGCAGUGGAGACCAGAGCGAGGACGCAGGGGAGCUGCCGGUCACCAGCCUCAACGACAUCGUCGACGUGUUCCUCAUCAUAGCGCGGCAGUCCCUGGAGGACCGCGGCCUCGACCAGGUGAGCAUCCCGCCGCUGGAGCGGACGUUCUCGCGCUCGCUGGGGGUGGGCACACUGCGCGGCUUCUUCCGUGGCGACGACGGCUGGGUGCGACGACUCACCACCGUACACCGCGUCGGCGACGUCCGUCUGGACCGCGGCCGGCGGCCUCCAGACGGUGAGCCGUGGGACCUGCGCUCGGUGUCUGUGGCGACCAGCCUGGGUCUGGAGGAGCUGACGGUGGGCUUCGAGAGGUACGUGGCCGACGUGCGCGCCCUGCCCACCGUGUCGGGCCGCCUGCUCGCCGACAUCGACGAGAACGCAGUACUGCUGAAUAUAUCAUUUAGUAAAAGAGAUGAUGAUCCAAAAGGCUGUGAUGUGGUCCUACAAGAACUGGAUAUACAACGUUUGGAGGGAAUAAAUUUGAAGCUGACAGGCUUAGGUCCUUUUAAUUGGCUCCUGUCACGUAUAGCAACAUGGCUUACGAAACAUUCUCAGGAUAAAGUGGCAGACGUUGUUGAAAAGGAACUGGCUCAAAUUGCAAACAAAGAACUUCAAAACAUACCUUGUGAUGCUGAUUUUAUAACUGCAAUAAGCAUGCUUUGAGUCUGAACACCCAUCAGUGAACUGUCUUAACAAAUACUGACAUGUGAAUAAUUGGGUGCCGACUGUCCCCAUUCUGAGAACCAGGACAAAGAGUAAAUACAAAGUAGACUGCAGGUAUCCAGGUUGGAGAAAAUUGCUGUAUGAAUGUGUUGCAUCUGUCAUUACAAAUCUCAUGUUUUAUCAUUAAUCAACAUACAAAAACAUUUGUCUUAUACAUUGAAACCAAAUAAAUAAGUAAAAUUGUG